AACGUCAACAAACACAGUUUUCCACGUUAUCCAGUGUAGUGUGUUCUCAAAAGACAAAGAUGCAAGAAAAAUCUCUGAAAGAACUGAGUGAGGAAAGCAAAACCAAGGAGACGGUAACCUACCCACUGGGGAAGUUGGUUGUGAAAGUUGCCAAAGUUGGCCACACAGCAAAAUUCACAGGGAGCAAUGGAGUGCCAGGAAGCAUGCUAAACUUUAGCAUUGCUGAUUCAACAGAUGCAAUGUUGGCUACUCUGAGUGAUGAGACGCAAUUUAACAAAAUAAAGGAAGGAAGAACCCUUCAACUCAGGAACUUUCUGGUGAAAGGAAAGAGAGUAGUGCUUUCAGGGCACUCAAAAGUCAUGAGUGCAUCUGCUCUAGAACUGCCUGAUGGACAAAUUCAGAAGGCAACACUUCUCAUCAUGCCUCCAUCUCCCUCCAAGACGCUGAGGGAAGCCAUGGACUCCCCUCUGCGUGACAUCGUAACUAUUCAGGGCCAGAUAAUUCGGGAUGAAGCAGUUAAGUUUGUUCAAGUUGGGCAAAAGGAGACAAAAAUUCGAACCAUCACCUUAGAGGAACACGGAAACACAAUGGAGGUAACACUCUGGAGGGAUUUGGCAGAAAGCCAGCUUAAAGUGCAAGACUUCGUUGAAAUUUGUCAGUGUGUCGUGUCUGAGUGGCAAAAGAAGAAAUCACUGAACACGACAAGGAACUCUUUAAUCAAGACUGUUGCUCCCCGUGAAGUUGAUGUGACAGGCCAAGUAGAGGCUUUGGCGAUACUUGAACAGGACGUGGAAAUGUGUAUCAGAGACGAGACGAAGGGUUUGAAAGAUGUAAAAUUUGAUUUGGCUUUGCUGAAAUUAGAGCUCAGUUUAAGAGAGGACGAAGGAAGUAUGGAAACUGAUGCAGAUCUGGAAGAAUUCUUGAUCACGAAAUUGCCGUUCAAGGUUCAAGUCAAAUUGACUGGAUCAAAUGUAAACUCUUUUGACAUCCUUGAAAUGUAAAGCUAUGUUGCGGGUAUAAAUGACUUGCCUACUAUUGUGUCAAAACACCAAUGAUUAUAGAAGGUUUCUAUUCUACUUGUUAAACUUCAAAGUUACUGCUAUUUUUCAUUCAUUUGGUCUUUUUACAAAUGCAUGUGAAUAUCAUUUCCAUGUUUUUUUUAUCA